AGUGUGACGAGCCAAGCCGUUCGGAACCAAUGCAGUGUCGAGCGCGCCAGACGGUUCGCCUCAGUCCGACGCGCACGCUUCGCCGGCCGGCCAUUCUUACCAAAUAACGAACAAAAAUCCGUGUCUAUUUAACUCUUACUACUUCAAAAACUCGCCUCUUUACUACCGUGUACAAAACUAGUGUAAUCCCAAGUGCCUUCGUGAUUGUUUAAGGUUAUAAAACUGCACAUACCGACGAGGUGUUCCGUGAAUUGGGUCAUGGUAUACAAUUUGUACGAUUCCGUAUAAUCUUCUAGCAGUUAAAAGAUUGCAAUCAUGGAGGAGGUCAAAAAGGAGAUCAAUUUGGACUCGAUCCUCGAGAGCUUGGGUCCUUACGGCAGAUAUAACCUCUUGAACUUCGUGUUACUGCUGUUCCCUAUUCUGCUGAGCAGCUUCUUCGAAUGUGGCUUCAUUUUUGAAGCCCAGGAAUUGGCUUAUAGAUGCGAAGUCGAUGGCUGUGAGCUUCGCUUCAACGAUACCUCCUGGAUCGAUUACGCAAUACCAACUGACCAUGUGCGGAAUAAACCCGAGUCUUGCAGGAUGUACAUACCACUGAACUCCUCGGAAUUCCAGUGCAUGCCACACAACUUCGAUCUGAACAGGACUAUGGAAUGUGACAGAUAUGUCUAUGAGGAUGAACAUUCGCUUGUUAAAGAGUUUAACCUUGGCUGUCAGGAAUGGAAGAGGGCUUUGGUUGGGACCAUUCACAACUGUGGAAUGUUUGUCGCCAUGUUGUUCACUGGCGCCAUUUCUGACAGGUUCGGAAGGAAAAUGGCGGUUGGUUUCGCAGCAUCUACCAGCUUUAUAUUUGGUUUCUCAAGAGCGUUUGCGCCAAACUAUUUGGUUUAUGUUGCGUUGCAUUUCUUGGAGGCAGCGUUUGGUGGUGGAUUGUAUCCAUCAGCUUAUGUAUUUAUAAUCGAGCUGGUUGGCCUCAAGCAGCGAGUCAUAGUAUCCGCCAUGUGCAACAUGACCUUUGUCAUAGGCGUCGUGCUCAUCGCCUUGCUGGCCUGGGUCAUUGACAGCUGGCGUACCUACAUCCUCAUCUUAUACUGCCCAGCUUUAAUCGUGGUCAUCUACAUCUGGUUCAUGAAUGAAAGCGGCCGCUGGCUCCUCAGCAAAGGCAAAAGAGACAAAGCCGUCUCCGUCCUCAAAAAAGCUGCUAAAAUCAACAAUUUGGAUCCUAGGAAACUCGAGCUGGACUCUUUAGGGGAUCCUUUACUGAAGGUUGAAAGUCAAACGACGGAUAAGAAGUCUCAGUUAUCUAAAGCGAUUCGUUCAAGUAUAAUAUGGAAGAGGCUGAUGAUAUGCUCGUUUUUGUGGAUGACUUGUUCACUGGUGUACUAUGGGUUGUCGAUAAACUCCGUGUCUUUGAGCAGUAAUCGUUACGUGAGCUUCAUGCUGGUGACGCUGGUGGAAAUCCCGGCGUAUAUCGUGGUUGUGAUAGUUCUGGACAAGUAUGGAAGGAAACAGACUCUGGUCGCCACUUACCUCACUUGUUCACUUAUGAGUCUACUGUUUGCUUUCUUGCCAAGAAAUGACUACUGGUCCAUUCCCCUAUACCUGGUCGGCAAAUGGAGCGUGACCCUCGCCUACAGCUCAGUGUACAUCUACGUGUCUGAGGUGUUCCCUACGAACAUGAGACAGACCCUCAUCAGCAUGUGUUCCAUGGCUGGCAGGAUUGGCUCUCUUAUUGCUCCAAUGACGCCUUUACUAUCUCUAUACCACAAAUCGAUGCCAACAGUGAUCUUUGCGGCGAUGUGCUUAAUAUCCAGUACUCUCGUGCUGAUGCUGCCAGAAACCAGAAACAUGAGGUUACCAGACACGAUUGAGGAGGCAGAAGCCCUCUCCAGAAAGAGAACCAAGAAUUGAGGCUGUUAACUAAAUUUUAACCUUAAGUAGGUGUAUUUUAAGUCGAAAUUCGUAAAGACAUCACCCGGGACCUUUAGACCUUUUAAUUAGGAUUGGAUGCAGCUAUCGAAAUAAUUUUGAACAAACUUGUGAACUGGUUUGUAAUUUUUUUUAAUGUUGUGUUAUUUGAAGGUGUAUUUUUAAUUUGCCUUUUUCAUAGACACCUCUUUAAAUUUUUUAUUUCUUUUUGAUAUGAAUUAAAAGUGACUUUGUAUAAGAGCACUAACAAAAAUGUCGUUUUCAAUCAGUCAUGUUCGAAAAGCAUUAAAUUGUAAGCCAAAAUUAUUGGUGGAUAUUAGUUUCAAUAAAAGGCAAAUAAAGAGUACACCAAAAAUAAGUAGAAAUGAUCCAUUGUGUCGUCAUGUUAUAUUAAUAUUUUGUUAUUUUUUUCUUAAUGCACUUUUAUGUUACUCAUUUUCUUAACGUCCAAUGAUCUUAUAAGAAAGUACUUACACUAAUAUUUAAUCAAUUAAUCAGUAAUUCCCUUUAAAUAUCAUAAUUAUAAUAUCUAACCCUGUGUUUACCAGAUCAGUAUAGAAUUUUUUGCAACCCCAGUACGCACGUAAGUUGUCAAUAUAAUAAGUAAGAAUACUGCAGCGCCCUCUAGUAAACAAUUUUAUAAUUCGAAUACAGGAUUUGGAAGAUCAUCUAAUAAUGGCCGCUUUUUGCCUAAAAGGGUACAAAAAAAUCAAAUGCCGGUGGGUUUAUUUGAAAAUCUAUGAAGUUUUAUAGAACAAAAAGUUAAGGUUUUUGUUUUAGAACCUGAGUCCCAAUAGAGGGACACUUCUUCGAGUCAUUAUAAUUCACUAUUCACUACGAUUUUUUGAUAGUUUUUUUACUUUCAGUUUUUAAAGUAGGUAAACAGUUUCUUCUAAAAUCUAUAAAAUACAAAAUUAUCUUUACAAUGAACACUUUUACUAUAAUUUACUAUAAUGUCGCAAUAGCAAUUUUAUCGCCUUUUCGAAGCUAGAAAAUAACAAUGCAGUAAAAUAUCUCCUCAUAAUCAUUUAUUUUUCAAACUUUGUAUUGUAUCACUCGUCAUUUUUAAAAUAUCAACAAUUCGUUAAAAAUGUUAAGGAAUAUAAACUUGUUUUUUUGUUUCUUCUGCUAAGUUGAUUACUUAAUGAACUCGAAUACCCAUGUAUAAUUCCACUUAAUUAUUACUUAAAUGUAUAGUACUACUUACUAAAUAACCAAUAUUCACGUAACUUUGUGAUUGCAAAGGUGAAUGGAUAAAAUGAAAAUGUAAAAUAUAAUUAGUUAUGUGAGUCCAAAUAUGGACAAAGUUGUGUUUGAUUAAGUUUUGUAUCAGCACAAAAUAUUUACUGUAAAAUAACUUUACCUACUACUAUAUGUAUACUUUAAUACUUAAUUCAUUGAGUUUACCUUUUGUAUACAUAAUUCUUUCACAAUACUAUCACUUCUGUUUUACUUUCCACCUUCAAUAAUUUUUUCAAUAAAAUUAUUGUGCUGAUUUACAACAAUAAGAGUACCCACACUGCAAACUUUUAGUCGACCGAUAGUUUUUUCGGACUCAUAAAUCAGUACGAAGAUGAAUGGUAGUAUGCACAUUACAAAGAUCAGGUAUUUAUCCAGUAUCAGACUGACUGAACUUUGAUUGGAAUCAAAAUUUUGUUUUAUAAAAAAUAGCUCAACUGUCGGCCGACUGUUUAGUAUGCAGUAUGCUGGAGCGCAUAAGGGUCAAAGCACAACGAUAUAUUUAGCCACGAUUUAUUUGAUUUAUGAAUAGUAAGAAGUUUACUCAACUGCGCCAAAUCGCAAUGCAAAUUGUAAGUCUCCCGCUAAAAUAUCGUGCGUGUGAUCCCCAGUAUCCGAUAACUUAUUUAAUGUUAUUUACGUUGAUAUUUAACAGUAUUUUUGUAUUAAGUGUGUAAUUUUUAUAAUUAUUAGUUUUUAAGAAUAGUGUGGGACCAAUAUAUGAACCAUCGUCCAUAAACUACGUCGGAGAUUGACUAAGGGUAGGUUUUAUGAACUAUCUGUAAAAAAUGCAUUUUACAGCAUUUUCCACAAACGUCAUCACAGAAUUACGAAUGUAUUCUUAAUGUUAAUUAAUCUUAGAAGUUAUGUAAACAUAUAUUUUAUGCUUUAAUUUUAACGCACGCCGCAUUCAAAUUGGUAUUAAAAAUUUACAAAACAUUACCUAAUCACAAAAUGACGUAAUCGUUACAAAUAUCCGAUCCGAUAAAGAUUUAAAUUAAAAACAAAGUUUUCGUACACAUGUGCGCUUUAACAUGCAUAACACGCGUUACAAAUGCGCUGUUUGAAUGAAUGAUGUCUACAAUGAUAAAUUCAUUUCUAAUGACUAAAUCAUCACGUAAUUAUCAUGCCACCUUGAUUGCUUCAUUACUUUAACCAUCACUUUUAUUGUGAUUUCAAUGUUGUAAAUCAAAGCGAACAAUCACAAUGACACUUUAACAUUUUUCAUCCACAAUUUACACGAUAAUAGACUAGUACUAAGAAUAUUUCUAUAAAAAAGCUAAAUGUAUUUAUAAUCACUUUUCGGAUUGGAUCUUUAUCAUUGUAUAAUUACUUUGUUGUGAUAUAAUUACACACGACAGCUUGUAAAUUAUAUAUAAUUGUCAAAUGUGAUACAUUGGCAUUGUUAUAUAACGAUAAUUGUGAUUAACUGGGUUUAACCGCAAUAUCUGUGGCUUAGAAUGAUAUAUUGUGAACACAAUGAAUGGUCUAUUCCAUCAAGUUAAUUACUGUUCAAUUUUAUAUUAACUUAUGUCAAAAAUAAUAACAACAAUGAACAAGUUGACAUGCGAUUUGACAAGUUAUUAAUCAAGUAAUACUGGGAAGAACGUAUUUGCUUUUUAAGCCCUAUGUGCAUAGAGUGCAUUAAAGAAAUAAAUAAUAAACAUGUAUUUUCUUAAGCAAUGCUAUAUUUAUUUUCUUUUGGUUUUUUUAAAGAAAAAAAUACAAAAAAUGCAGACGUAGUUUAUGGACUUACCUUCGUAGUGAUAAACCCGAAUUACUACUGCACCCAGCAUUUUUAGUUUAUUAAUAUUUAAAAUACAUUUUUGGUAUUUUAUAAAAUUAGGUUAUUACUAUAUUUGAUUAAUUAAUACUAUAAUUAAUUAGUAGAGCGUCAGUGAUGUCAGUUAUUGUGCUUUUACUAUACCUAUUAUUACCUAUUUAUUACUCGAUUUGUAUUUGGUACAAAUACAUUUGUUGAAUACACAAUUUGUAUAAUAAACUUUUUGUAAAAUA